AGUACUGUACCUUAGUAGACAGCAUAAGGUCUUCUUAAAUCAUCUAUUGAUAGCAAUCUAGUGGAUCGAUGCAUAGUGCAUCUUAUUUUGGUUAGUAGAUUGUUUUCAGCAGGAUAACGUUGGUAGCUAGCCGUGUGAAUUAUUCACUAAUCAGCCCCGGCGGCCGGUGAUGAAUUUAUAAGCAGUGUCAUGCUCAUGAUAUUUUUGGGAUCGGUGUGAGGCCGAAUGUGGUUCGAACGGAUUGUAUCGACUGACAAACCAUCCGACUUACAAAGUCGAAGGAAGCCGCCAAAACGCAUUAUUUUUUGGUCAACAUUACGUGUAGUAGAUGAAUAGGAGAUAGCAACAGGGAUUAUACUUAAAACAACAUUGAAAAAUGGAGGUACUAUUUGCCUGAAUUUUGGUAGAAGGUUUAUCGAUUCGUUAUCGAAUUGUUUGGAGUCAUAAGAAACUGAUGUCAUUGAAUCGGUCAUGUCCGUCCUACAAUAGAGUAAACCUGGCUGAUUGAAGCUAAAACACCAUGGUUAUGCAGCAUUAUUCGAAUUAUUCCCGCGGAUAUGUGGUCGAAGUUUACGGUAAAGGUGACAAGGUGUGUAGCAGUUGGCUACUGCUUCCCGCUGAAAACCUAUGGUCGGAGGGGGUACGGGGUUUCCUGUACAUUCUUGCUAUGGUAUACAUUUUCAUCGGUAUAGCGAUUAUUAGUGACGUUUUUAUGUGUAGUAUUGAGGUAAUAACAAGUAAAAAGAAAACAGUUGUGAGGUGGGAUGCGGAGAAAAAUACCAGAACGGAGAGAGAGGUGUUGGUUUGGAACGAAACGGUUGCGAAUUUGACGCUCAUGGCACUGGGUAGCAGUGCUCCUGAAAUUUUACUGGCUGUUGUAGAAACUAUUUCUACGAUAAGCGACAUAGGGAAUAAAGACAGUUUGGGAACUUUCACUAUUAUCGGCAGUGCAGCUUUUAAUCUGCUUAUGAUUACCGCCGUCUGUAUUGCUAGUGUCCCGUCGCCGGAGACGAAGAAAGUAAAAGAUUUCGGAGUGUUUAUGCUAACUGCGGUAUGGUCAAUUUUCGCAUAUAUCUGGUUGUUGAUUGUACUUCUUUGGAUAACUCCACAACAAAUUGACAUGUGGGAGGCGUGGGUGACACUGGGAUUUUUUCCUGUGUUGGUUUUGUCAGCGUAUGCGCAGGAUAAUGGAUGGUGGUGUAGCAAACGUGGUGCGGUUGGCGUGGAAGGAGGCAAUAUCAGUCAGCAUAAUGUUCGUGUUAUAAAUGGAGGACCAAAGAAAAGUCUGAUCCACGGAAUUUCACCGUCUCUUGCACACUUGGAAGCAGAGAAAACUCAAAGUCAAUUAAAUGUUAAAGCAAAUGCAAGUACAGUGGACAGAAAUGGUGAAUUGAUGACAAGGGAUGCGGAAAUUGGCGAUGAAGACAGUCGGUUACUGAGAACAGAUAGUGCCAGAACGACUUUUGCACGAGCAAAGUUUCGUCAUGCAGCAGUGAGGUCUUUGCUUGGUGGUAAGCGGGCUCACGUCCGUUCACCAGGUCCUCCACGAAUGCUGGCAUUGGUAGAGAAAGUUCAGAACAUUCAAAGUCAUCGUCAGACAGAUGUUCCUCCAGCUGCAAGUUUAGUAGGCACAUUUACAUUUGCAUCACAAAGCUAUUCUGUCCUCGAGAGUGCGGGCAAACUCGACAUAGAUGUUUUGUUUCACCGAAAGCCUCCGAUAAAAUCACCAUUAAACAGUCCUCAGAUACACAUGAAUGGCUCAGCAGUUACAUACCAAGCAGCAGAAGAUACAUGUACAUCAAAUGAUGACGACUCAACUAACAAGGAUUAUUUAAAGGGACCGGUCUCAGUACUAUAUGAAACGCGCGAUGGAUCUGCUAAGAAUGGCACAGAAUAUGAAUAUACAAAAGGAAAACUGGAUUUUGGGGAAAAUGAGAGCCAGAAGUCUGUUUCAAUCCCAAUUAUCAAUGACAACCAAUAUGAAAAUGAUAUGGAAUUUUACGUGAUCCUGAAAAGCCCGGAAGGGGUACAUGCAAAAGGACUGGGGGAUCCAAGUAUAGCUAGAGUUACAAUUAUUGAUGAUGACGAACCAGGAGAAUUUUCAUUUGACAAAGCGGCGUACUCGGCGGAUGCGAAUGGGGUGAUCAGAGCCACGGUGGUACGUAGCAAGGGCUCUGACGGUGAUGUCACAUUACAAUACUACACAUUAGAUGGCUCAGCACUUGGAGGUGACAGCGUUCGUACCGCUGACUUCAAAAAAGUCUCAGCCACAUUGUCUUUUAAGCAUGGUGAAACGAGCAAACAAAUUGUUGUCCAUGUAAAUAAAGAUAUUACGACAUACAAAAACUUUGUAAUCAACAUGAAGAAUUUAAGCCUCGGAGCUAAGCUCGGAGAGCAUCCAGCUGCUGUGGCGAACAUUAAUGGAGAUGAAAUUGCAGACCGAGUAGCUAAUUUAAUGACGGAUAGUGAAGAUGAAACAUGGAAGGGCCAAAUCAGAAGUGCAAUGACAGUUGGAGGCGAUGAAGAUGAGAAGGGGAAUGUUAUACCGCCCUCAAUGAUUGAUUACCUCCUUCAUUUUAUUUCUUUUUUCUGGAAAGUUCUGUUUGCAUUUGUUCCUCCAAGGAGUAUGCUUGGUGGAUGGCCAGCAUUUGGGACUUCAUUGGUACUUAUUGGCGUAUUAACAGCUCUUGUUGAACAGCUUGGUACUCUGAUCGGUUGCGUAUUGAACAUCAAAGCCAGUGUUGCAGGCAUUACCAUAAUCGCAUUAGGAACGAGUGUACCGGAUACGUUUGCAAGCCGGACAGCAGCGUUACAAGACAAACACGCAGAUGCAGCUAUUGGCAAUAUAACAGGGAGCAACAGCGUCAAUGUGUUUCUAGGCUUGGGGUUGCCGUGGGUAAUCAAGACAAUCUAUUGUCAAGUGAAGAACCAAGAUUUUGUAGUCAGUACGACAGGCCUAGAUCUUGCUGUCAUCUUAUUCACCUCAGUUGGUAUUGUCUGCCUCAUUUUACUCGCCAUCAGACGGAAGUUUAUUGGAGGUGAACUUGGUGGAAAAUCGUUUACAAAGUACUUGUCGAGUUCUUUUCUUACGUUAUUAUGGUUCAUCUAUGUACUGGUUGCAAGUUUAAGAGCCUACGAAAUAAUAGGCUAAAAUUUCUGCUUGAAGAUACAAAGGUGUCAUAUUAUGCUGCCAUAUUUGGUGGUUCGCAUUUAAACAAUCAUUCCAGGUUUGGCUGUAAAGUGAUGAGAUCUCACUCGUAUGCACCACCAGUUCUUAUACUAUAUACCAGGUUGUAAAAGUUGAUCAGAAGCACAGAACUUGAUUAGAAAUUUCACAAAUUAUGAAUUACUGUACUCUGUAUUCAAUGUUCAGAUAAUAGUGACUUUACACAACAAGAGGUAGUGGACAAUGGCUAGUCAGCAGGCUAAGCCCACCCCUUUUUCAAUUGCAUAUCUCCGACUCCACAGGACAAUCCGGUCAGUUCGCCAUCAACAAUUAGCAGACCGGAUCUUGUCGGCAAGCAUUUAUAGAAAGCGGAGAUGGAUUCAUCAGCCGAUGGUUGUACAACUCAGUGUGCCCACCUUAGUAUUAUUUAAAAUCAAAGCAUUUUGGAUUGAAUCUCUUAAGUUGGCAUAGAAAUCCUAAAUGUACCUGAUGGUGCAAUGCCUAACAAGACAUUUGCUUGUGUGCUAACAGUAGGUCAGGGAGUGUCAACAGUAGGUGUUCUUUAAAGUCCUUCAAAACAUAAUGUUGAAAAAAUAUUCAGUAUACUAUAAACUUCUUAAUUAACAUUAAAAUCACAAAUUAACUAAGAAUGUCCUGGAAAUUUAAGAAACCGGGCUUGAAGAAUAAUGAGAUUUCGCAGUUUAAAAUUAGGUGGGGCUUGGUCUGAUAAGCCGUCUUCCACAGCCUACCGUCCUGUUGUGCGAUGUCCCUAUGGUACAUCACAUGCCUAAAAGUGCUCUAUGGCACAGGGCAUUUUAUAAAUUAUGCAAUCUUUCUUUAAUCUGUUGUUUAAGUUGAAUAUGUUUCCUAAAAAAUGCCUUAUGAACAAAGAACUUUUUAUUAGUAUUAUAAAUAAUCUCUUUGAAUCUCUCAAAGAGGUAUUGCUGACAUUUUAAAACCUUUUUAGGAAUUCAGAGUCAAGCCAAUGUAACAAUUAUAUCACAUUUAUGAGUGAUAGUAGAAUAUGAUGUGGAACAGCAUACUGUAGUUCAGUUGGUUAAUCUGGUAUGUUUGUGCCUUGAAUUAUGACGAUACCUAGUUCAAAUCCAUCGCUGCUCUCCUUUUGUUUCUGGCUUGAGGUAAAAAAUACAAUUUAUUAUUAUGAUGACAAUGAUGAAGAAUAGUGACAAAAUGAUCAUGGUGAUAAAGGUUAACAACACAUUAACAAUGAAGUGGAAGUGUCAUUUAUUGUUUAUAAAAUAUAUAAUACUAUUUUUAUUUUUAUAUUGCACAAGAUAGAAGUCAUGCAUAUCUAGUUUUAUGGUAUUCAUGCUUGUAUAUGUUCCACAAAAUAUAUUUAUUUUUGUUCAUAUUUUAACCUAAGCAUUCUUUAAGCUUUAUUUAUAUAUGACAUACCUUGAUAUUUGUGUUCAAAUCAAGUGUUUAAUUAUAAUUCUUGUAUGUAAUAUUGUACACCAAAACAAAUUUAAUUAUGCUAUUUUUAUUUAUUUUUUUGUAUGUCUUAUUUUAAUUUAUAUUUUUUGUUUAUUUGUUUUGAUUAUUGCUUGUUAUCAUUUAUUACUGUUUUAAAUAUACUUAUUCAGUAUUUCAUAAAAGAUUUCCAAAGCAAAUUUAUAUAAAUAGUUUAAUAUGUCAUUAAAUAUGUACUACCUGCAUUUAAAUAUACAUUAAACACCUAUCUUGAAAAGUUUCAUAUUGAAUAGUAAAUGUAAACAGUAUUUUCAUAUUUUAAAGUUUUCUAAUCAUUCCAAUCAAAAGUGUUGUUUUGUCAGUAAAAUCAGUAUUUUGUAGACAUGCAUUUUUGAAAUGUCAAUUAUUUGAGUUCCUUUUUAAAGGUAUGCUAAUUAAAUCAAAAUAUACAUUUAUAAUUAAUACUUUUAUGUUUGUGCAAUAAUAAACUAAAUGUAGUUUAACUACUAGGCCUAACAUGUAUAUGGUUAUAUUGUAAGUGGAAUAAACAAAUACACAAUUAAUUGAAAUGAGUUAAAUAUUGCUUUCAGAUUUAAUUUUAAGUAUAGAAAUAUAAAUACUUAUUCCUUAAAUGUAUAAAAAUAUAUAUUAUUUUAUAUAUAAAUAUUAUAUAUUUAAAAUAUAAUUUAAUGAUUUGUAAAUAUUUAAUUUAAAAAAUAUGUAUUAAGACCAGAAGGAACUGUUAACAAAAUAAUAAAUAUUAAUAUUCAUAAAAAUGAUCUUUAGAUCAAGACUCUAGAUAACAGAAGCAUAACUGUGAUUCUGAUAGAUUAUUAAUUGAUUGACUGACAAAUUAAAAUAAUAAGUUUGAUUAAUAUGUAAUGCAUUGGCAUUAACUAAAAAGUAAUUUAACCAGCCAUUCUUUUCUUGUGUUGAAGAACAUUUUAAUGGACUUCAGAAUCUAAAAUUAAAUUGUCAAUAUAUUUUUAAUUUUCCAAAUGAGGAUUGGGUUAAUGUCCUACGCAUUCUGAUGAAGGCAAGGCAGCAGCAUAUCUAUGUAAGUGUAUUAGGGUAUAUGCCCCUCCAAAAAAAGUUCCCCCACACCCACUGCGUAAUUUGCAGAGCAAAAAAAUAUAUGCUGAAUUAAAAAAACACCUCAUAUCACCUUUUUUUGACAGCUUGUACCCUCUCACUUAAUCAUCAUUCCCCUCUACUUUACCACCCCAUCAGCCUUUCCCCCAAUAUUUUGGAUCAAUAUAUUCAAAUUCCGUAAUGAACAAAGAAAAUGAUCAAAGUGAAUUAUUGUAAAGAACAAAUAAUGUAAAUAUGUCAUAUAUGAUAUCAGUUUGUGUACUUAAGAAACUUUUUAUGAGAAUAGUUAGAACAAAUUUAGCAAUAUAUACAAAAAACUACCACUGGCUUCAGCAUUGAAUGGAAUCUUUUCUGUAUUUUAUAUGCAUUCUUUUACAAUAGUAACUAGCUAGAAACAAAUUUGUGGCUUCUCUCUUGCACACCAAAUUGAAUUUCAUAAAACGAUGAUAAUGAUAAGUUGGGUUUUAUGUAAUGUUAUUCACUACAGAAAGUGUUAGGUAUUACGUCUAGCUGUGAUAGUAUAAAAACUUUUAAAAUACAAUUAACUGUUUUAAUUACUUAGUCCAGUAUAUUAUUAAAAUUUGGCUAAAUUGUUUGCCUUCUUUUGAAAAUCAGAAUGAUCAAAUAUCUCAUCACCAAUUGGCAGGCAAAUAAAUAAAACUCUAUAUUAUAGGAGUGAUAUUUUGCCCUACCUGAGGUGUUACUCAGUAUGUCCCCAAAUACUAGUGAAAAAUAUUUACAAGUGAUUCAGGUGGGAACGAACCCACAACCUCCAGAUAUCUAGUCUGAUGUCUUAACCACUAGACCUCUUUAUUUUUCUUCACUUUUUUUCACUAGUAUUUGGGGAUAACAGGGCAAAAUAUCACUCCUAUUAUAUUUUCCUGACGCAAACUCACAAUUCGUAAUAUCUUUAUAUUCUUUUGCAUGGAAAAAUUAAUUGGCUGGAAAUCAAUCAUAUUUUUGUAGUAAAAGGUAUGUGGUCUAUAAAUCAGUGAAAACUUAUUUGGAUUGAUCAGUUCCACUGGCCGUCAAUAAAUUAUUUGCUGUUUUAAAAUUAGCUAUAUAUUUUUGAAUUGAAUUUUGGUGGUUUUCCUGAUUUUUAAGACAGAUGGUAUAUUUAUAAUUUCAUUAUAUUUGUGCCACUGAUGGGGAAAGAUAUAUUUGUAUUCAAGUACAACUAUCAUGUCUAUGACACUACGAUGUAUUGCAAUCAAUUGGUAUUUAUAUAGUUAUACUUUUGAAAAAGAUCCAAAUCUUCAUAAAAUGUAAAGUUUCGAAAGUAUUGAAUAAAUGUACAGUAUACAAGA